AUGACCGUUCCCGAGUCCGAGUAUCUCAGUCCUGUCUGGAAAGAUGGCAUCUUCAACGGACGCGUUAUCUUUGUGACGGGCGGUGCGGGAAGCAUCUGCAGCAUGCAGACGCGUGCUUUGGUCCGCCUUGGAGCAAAUGCAUGCAUCAUCGGCAGAAGUGUCGAAAAGACCGAGAUGGUCGCAAAGGACAUUGCGCUUGUGAGAGAGGGAGCUAAGGUGAUAGGGAUUGGAGGCUGCGAUGUUCGAAAGGUCGAGAGUCUCCAGGCUGCUGCUGAGCGAUGCGCAAAAGAACUUGGCGGAAUCGACUUUGUUAUUGCUGGUGCAGCCGGCAACUUUGUCGCCCCGCUAGAAGGCCUGAGCUCCAACGCAUUCAAGUCGGUAAUGGAUAUUGACGUUCUGGGAACUUUCAACACGAUCAAAGCAACAAUGCCUCAUCUUCUACGCAGCGCUAACCCUCGUAUCAUCUACGUCUCUGCAACAUUUCACUACACCGGCAUGCCGCUCCAGGCACACGUCUCCGCAGCCAAGGCAUCUGUUGACUCACUCAUGGCUUCCGUAGCUCUUGAGUAUGGACCACGAGGCGUGACCAGCAAUGUUAUCGCCCCGGGAGGCAUCGAGGGGACGGAGGGUCUGGCAAGACUAGGAAGUGACGCAGAGAGUGAGAAGAAGAGAUACGCAAAGAGUAUCCCGUCAGGCCGCGCAGGAACCGUUAAGGAUAUUGCCGAUGCGACUGUCUUCCUGUUUAGCGAUGCUGGGAGCUACGUUAACGGACAGGUUCUGGCUGUUGAUGGCGCAGCGUGGAGGCGCCAGGGAGCCUUGGGCGUGGGAACCGAGGCUGGCAUGGAAUAUCCGGAUUAUCUUCUCAAGGGAGAGUUUUCGAAGAACCUGCGAGAUCCACGAAAGGAGACCAGGUCCAAGUUAUAG